CACAGGGCACAGGCGCUCACAGCGACGCAGCGACACAGCCUCACACCUCUACUAUGUACACUACUAGCUAGUAAAUAGCUAGAGAGAGUAGCUCUAUCUCUGAGUACUGACUUCACUACUGAGUAGGAGCAUAUUUUAUUGAACAUCCGCUAAGCAAAAUUGGGCUCUCGGAGACUCGGACUCCCGUUCAAAUUUGAAAUUUUCAACUACAUACCAGGUCCCGGGCCCCCGGAGGAUGACGGGGAUGUCAACGACGGCGGAUGGAUUUUUCUGCACAUGAUAUUCCCAUUAAAAGCUCCGCUUAUUUUUUUAGGCGCAAGAAUAGUGGUGCAGCUUUUGUUGACGCUUGAAAUUUGAAUGUAUUUACAAACAAUAAAGGCAUGACAUUGCUACAUCGAGGAUCGGUUCAGGUUGUGAUCAACGACAUGUUCAUCGUUUAGAUAAAUAUAAUGAUAUCGUAUAAUAAAUUGCUAGCGAGUCAAACACUUUUAACGUAUCCACGUACCCACAAGGUUUUCACUUUUCAGGUUUCUUGCAUUCACUAUAUAUACUCGAGUAGUGUAAGUAACUUUUAUCACUACAAAAUCGAAAUCGUUCUAGAAUAAAUAAAUAAUAAAGUACCGCAAGUAUGAUAGAAAAAAUAUACAAAGCACCCGCCUAUCAUCAUGUAGAUCAGAGCGAAUCGGACUGCAUGAAAGGCAAGCCGUAUGAUACCGCUAAUGAAAUUUGCGAACCAAUCGUUCCAGAUGCUCCAGAUAUGUCGGUAGAAACUGCAAUUAAUAUGGCAAAUACACUACGAACCACGCUCUCAUCAUCUUCGAUCGCACCUGUAGUACUUAUACCAGGAUUUCUCAUGUCGGGCGAGUUUUUCUGGUUCGAUGCGCUCAGUCACCAUAGCAAAAUAAUAGCGGCCCAGGUCGGCGGCGCUAGUUCUCUGCACGAUCGCGCCUGUGAGUUGUUCUAUCAGUUAGUUGGAGGGCGUGUGGACUACGGUGAAGAGCAUUCGAAGACUUGUGGACAUAGCAGAUACGGUGCGACAUUCGAGAAGGGCUUGCAUCCGCAAUUCUCAGCCGAAAAUCCCAUCCAUUUGAUAGGAUACAGCUUCGGUGGACCUACGGCACGAGUGUUUCAGCAAUAUCUGCACGAGAAACGUUUCACAGGUUAUAGCAAUACCGAUGCGAGUUGGGUAAGAAGUUUAACAACAGUAUGUGCCCCUCACAACGGCACUACUGCGGCACAUUCCGUUGGUGGACUACGGAUUGGAGAGCAAGGCGUGACAAAGCCAUUCAGAACGGGUUGGCUGGCGACAAAGCUUGUGCAUGCCUAUGACUGGCUAGAUAUCUCGUUUCUCAAAGAUCGUGUGUUUCAUCCCCGGCUUGAGCACUGGGGAUAUCAACGUCGAAAUGCGACUUCGCUUUGGGAUUCUUUGAGUAAAUUGGCUACAACCAUGUAUAAGAGUCCUUUGGUAGCUCCGCAUGGUGACAAUGCGGGUGAUGAUUUAUCGCCGGCUAAGAUGAUGAAGAUCAACAAGACCAUGGAGGACACUUUCCCUUGCACGUAUUACUUGAGUUUUACGGCACAGAGUACCACUGGCUCCAGGUGGUGGUCUCGUCACCUGCCUUCAUGUUUCUCCUUUAUGUGGUUAUCGUCCGCGGUUAUGGCAACACGAAAAUACACCACAGAACAGCUGCAGAUGAUGUACGCACACGCUGAUUUCGGUAGCAAUGAAAAGCUUGGUAUCUUACGAGAAGGACUUUAUGCUAACGACGGAUUAGUGAACGUUGCUAGCCAGGGGCAUCCCGGCUUGUGUUUCAAUCACCCGAGUAGAUCGCGCCUCCAAAGCGAAAUUCUCAAUGAAUUGGUAUUAGAUAGGAAUCCAUGCCCGGUCACAGGAAAAAUCAAGAGUACAGAGAGUAAGUGUGUUCACAGGCAUUCGUUAGCAGAGCAUAUAGCUGAAGAAGGAACACUAUCUAAGGGAAAGUGGUACGUAAGCGAUCUUUUGAAUUAUGAUCAUGUCACCCUACUGACGAUGCCAACGUGCAGAAAGAGGACCAGUGCGUUCUUUAUGGAACUGUACGAAUGUCUGCGGAUGCUGCCAGAAUCACUGCAGCUCGUAGAAGAUAGCGAGGCAGCAUAGUGUGUUUGUGAAUAAAGUUUAUUGGGGCUGUCAGUGUCAGUCCCUGUUUAAUUUGAAUGCUUCAUUGUUAAAAUACAGAGCUAUGAAAGCUUACGUUUUUACAGCCUUCGAUCUGUAUGAUAUCAGCGGCUACGAUAUAUAUACUAUAUAUCUAUAGGCUUACAUAGUGCAGACUUGUCGAAAUCGGGAAAGCUCUUCGCACAGAAUCACGUGUAUAUGAAGUAAUCCAACUCUCGCUACUCGUGAAGGGCGCGGGAUGGUGAAUUCAUAGGUCUAUAAUAUUCCAGUGUUUCUUAGCAGAUAGACAUUUUCGGAGUGGGCCUGCUACCAUGCAAACCAGGGUGGAUGGUUCAGGCGUGUAUAGUUCUGGUACUGUAACCUAAAAACCGGAUUCAAAAUAGAACCCAGAUGUCACGAUAAGAUAUCAUAUAUAGAUAUUGCAUUCAGCCUGAAAUUUAAUUAAACCCAGGUGGUGCCUUGUGUUUUAUCGUCACUUCCCUCGUACAACCAGCUUGUUAAAGCACCACGUAGUGCAUCUCGCGUAGCACUUCUCAAAAGCAUCGCACAUAAGAGUUUGACCUCACCUUUCUUUUAUACUGCUAAUAAAAUCCC